CUUUUCUCAAUUCUAAUUAUUCCUCAACCUUUCUCGUUCUCCAUACUUUGAAAUCACAAUGCUAGCCUCAAGAACUACCAGAGCAGCAGCUCGCUCACUACGAGCUCCAGUGCGUGCAAAUGCACGACAAAUUCGCUUUGCAAGCACCGAUUCUACCUAUUCAUCCUCAUCCUCCUCCUCAGCAAUCAACUCCCAAGCCGUAAUCGGCGGCAUCGUAGGCGGCAGUCUCGUCUUCCUCGCAGGCUACGGCUACUACCACACCUCAGGCGCCAAAACCUUCGUGAACGCCGCCCAAAAGACCAAAUCAGAACUCAACAACAUAACCCAAAAACUGUCCUCCUCGGCCCCGGAACCAAACCAAGCCCUCAAAUGGCUGCGCUCAACCGCCACCUCGUACGCCUCCUUCAUCCCGGGCGCGAAAUCAUAUGUCGAUUCCGCAUUCAACGACCUAGAGAAGAUCCAAGCCAAGCAUGGAAAGGAGGUCGAUGAUAUUGUCAACAAAGCCUACAACGACCUCAAGGACGUGAGCAAGAAAGGCGGGGUGGAUAUGCAGACCGCAUCUAAGAGCUGGACCAUCAUCGAGGAAGCUAUUUCCGAGCUCGGGAAACUGAGCGUUGAUUCCGCAUCCGAGAUCCUGGACAACCAUCCCAAGCUCAAGGAGCAAGUUGGCGGGAACCUAGACCAGCUGAAAAGCAUGGCGGAUUCCUACGGGCCCGAAGCAAAGAAGGAGCUCGAAGCUACGUACCAGCAGAUCAAGGAUGUGCUGAAAGCAGGCGUGGGUUUCGACACCGUGGACAAGAUCAAGAAACUCGUGGAGGAAAAAACAGAGAAGGUAAAAGGAAUGGGAGACGAGGCCUGGAAAAGGGGAAUCGAGAGCGCGAAACCGUAUCUCGACAAGAACCCCGAGAUCAAGAAGAUAGUCGAGGAUAAUAAAGACGCUCUUCGAAAGGGCAACGUAGCUGAGGUCCUCAAGAAGAUUUCCGAGGCUCUCUAUAACAAGGAUCCGGAGAGCUUAAAGCAGUACAUCAAGCAAGCGGGCGAGAAGGCGAAGCAGAGCGCUGGUGGGUUUGAUAUUAGCGGCAGUUUGGAGCAGUAUGCGAAGAUGAUUCCGGGUGGAGAGGAGAUCUUGCCUAAGUUGAAGAAGUUACAGGAGGUGGCGAAGAGUAGGGGGGAUGAUGCGGAGAAGAUUCUUAAGGGCGCGUAUCAGGAUGUGCAGGAUGUUUUGCAGAAGAGGACUAAAGAGGUCGAGAGGUUGGCUGAGGAGGCGAAGAAGGAUGCUAAGAAGUAGGGAGAGUUGGUUGGGCUGUGAAGCAUAUGGCGGCGUUGAGUGUUGG